GUGGAAGCGAACCUCGGCGUGGAUGAAACACCUGCAAUUUGCCUUGGCGCGUUUCGAACCUUUUUCUCCACCACUCCAGCCCUCGCUUCAUCUUGUCCAUCUACCACAUGUUACGAACCCCCAUAUACAACGGUAACGGCCAUUCAGUAUAGCCUGUGUGAGGAUACGGCCGGAUGCAUGUAACCCCUCGCCAUGAUAUACGUUCUUCCACGAGUCACAGAAGAAUUCGUCCGCCUCGACUUUGCCUGCUUGACCACAAUUUGAUUCAUGCAUGCUGCACUAUUGGAUAUCAGAGUUCUCCUCUUGACGAUCAAUACGAAACAGGACCGGAGAUGCACUUAGGGCUCGAAUGGAGGAGUACGUUUCUGGUCACGAUGCCGUCGCGUAAAGAGUGUGUAUACAUUUCGUGUGUUGCAGGAGCUGCAUCAAGCGUCGCGACUACCAUCAAGACAAGCACAUCCGAAGCCCCCGUUCCUUCACCGACCACGGUGGUGACCAAGCCACCUAUCAGUACAUCCAAGAUUUUCUCGACCUCUAAGGCGGUGACCACUACCGCAGCAGCCAGCGGUUCUUUCCCAACAACCUCUGGCACGAAGUUUGUAAUCGAUGGCAAGGCCGGCUACUACGCAGGCACAAACUCCUACUGGAUCGGUUUCCUGACCAACAACAACGACGUUGAUCUAGUUAUGCAACACCUCGCAUCCUCAGGUCUCAAGAUCCUCCGUGUCUGGGGCUUCAACGAUGUAACCACAACCCCUACCGACGGAACUGUCUACUUCCAGUCCUUUGCCAAUGGAGAAGCAACCAUCAACACAGGCUCCAACGGCCUCCAACGCCUCGACUACGUGGUAAAAAGCGCAGAAGCCCAUGGUAUAAAACUGAUUAUCAAUUUCGUAAACAACUGGACCGACUACGGCGGCAUGGCAGCCUACUUUUCCUACGCCGGAAUCUCCUCAAACACCCAAUGGUACAACAACACAAAAGCCCAAACCCAAUACCAGAAAUACAUCAAAGCAGUCGUGUCACGCUACACAGCCAGUCCAGCAAUCUUUGCCUGGGAACUCGCCAACGAACCCCGCUGCACAGGCUGCGACCUCUCCACUCUAAAGACCUGGGUCGUCAACACCUCCAAAUACAUCAAAAGCCUUGAUCCCAAACACAUGGUAACCACAGGAGAAGAAGGCUUCGGCCCCAUCCCCGGCGACGAUGGCAGUUACCCUUACCAACUCUCAGCCGGCGGAAGUAAUUUCACCGCAAACUGUGAAACCCCCACGAUUGAUUUUUGCACAUAUCAUCUUUAUCCCGAGUCUUGGUCUGUGACGCCUACGCAGCAAUGGGGUAAUCAGUGGAUUGUCGCACAUGCCAAAGCUUGCUCUGCAGUUGGAAAACCUUGCUUGCUUGAGGAGUUUGGGGCGAGCAAUGACUGCACGAUUGAGAGUGAUUGGCAAGCUACUGCUUUGAAAGCUGUCGGGACGGGAGCAGAUUUGUUCUGGCAGUAUGGCGAUACUCUGAGUGGAGGGAAGACUAGUCAGGAUGGGAAUACUGCGUACUAUGGGGAUGACUUGUACGAGUGUUUGGUCGAUAAGCAUAUCAAGGCUAUUGAUAGUCUGUGAGGGCGGGGUAUGGCUUCAUGUCUGAUGGUGAGAAGAGUCGAGGUCAGGGGUCUCGAGACUACCCGUUGACAAUCGGACGCUGAGGAUAGCCAGGGUAUUCUGAUCCGCUUCGUUAAUAUAUCUCGAAGCAUGCAAUGUUCUACAGUUCUUGGCCAAGUGAAUUGAUAUUUACAUAGAAAGCCUGACAAGAAGUCACUGUCGGCGUGAUCGUCG